GCACUUCACAGACAGACAGCUCGGAAAAUCGAAUCUUUUAGGCAAAUUUCCUGAAAAUACACCAGCCAGCGUCGGAAAAACACAGACAGGAUGCCGCAAUCCGGAGUUUUAACUAUCCUGGCACUAAUUAUAAUGAUUCACGGCCUUUUGGCAGCCAACAUCAAUUAUGAAAUCCUAUCUGAUUAUGGACAUCCCAACAAGUGUGUAAUGGACAGUCCCAAAGGCGAGAGUGGCAACUCACUGCACCAUCCCACAAAGUGCGCGCAAAUUGAGUGUGGCAGGGAUGGUUGGGCCCUGGUCCAUAGUUGCGAAGAGAAAUAUGCUCCCAUAGGAUGUGUAUCUGAGGGAUAUGUAGAUAUUGAGGCUGACUUUCCCGAAUGCUGCGAGAUGAAUUUCAAAUGCAAAGAUGCUUAAAAUUUUGGGUUUACGUUUUACAAAGUGUGAGAGUGCAUAAAAUUAUACAUGAAUUUAAAGAAAUAAAUAAA